CUGAGGGAGCUCGGGGCGUCCCAGCCCCGGAGGAGGGACCCGGAAGCAGAAGCGGAGCCGCGAGUCGAGCCGAGCCGCUGCCCCCGCUGCCCGCCGGCGCCGGGUGGGGGUCCCGGCGGCUGGAUGGGCGGCGGCGGCUUCGGCCGCGGGCGGCUAUGGGCGAGGAGCAGAGCACGGUGAGCGGCAGCGGCGGGCCUCUGGAGGCGCGGACACCCCCUGGCGGCGCCACGGGCCACCCCGAGCCCCCGAGGCCGCCGGGGGACAGCACCGGGGCGCCCGGGCCGCGCGCCUCCUCCGCCGAGCCGAGCGGCGACAGCUGCGGAAGCGACUCGGGCUGCGCGGACACGAGCGUCCCGGAGCCCGCGAGAAGCCGGGGGGCCCCGAGCUGGAAGAAGAACCAGGCACCGGCGCAGCCCGCAGGACUGGCCUACACCGGGCCCCUCAACCCCCAGGCUUUGCAACAGCAGCUGGCAAAGGAGGAGGAGGAAGCGAGGGACCGAAGCGAGAGAGGGGAUGAACAGCAGGAGGCGCCCCCCGGCGAGCAGCCGGAGCCCCGGACCCGCGUCGGGGCCCCAGACGGACUGGUCCUGGACGUGCUGGGCCAGCGACGCCCGCCCCCCGCCAAGAGACAAGUCUUCUGCUCCGUGUUCUGCGUGGAGAACGACCUGCCCGAGGUCCCCUCGGCGGAGCGGCUCUCGCUGCCCGCGUCGCCACCCCGGGCUCCGCCGGUGACCAACCCUCCCAGCACCCCCUCCUCCUUCCCCAGCCCCCGGCUGUCGCUCCCAGCGGACACCCUGUCCCCCGACGGCGGCAGCAUCGAGCUGGAGUUCUACCUGGCGCCCGAGCCGUUCUCCGUGCCCAGCCUGCUGGGAGCUCCACCCUACUCUGGCCUGGGUGGGGUCGGGGAUCCCUAUGCGCCCCUCAUGGUGCUGAUGUGCCGGGUGUGCCUGGAAGACAAGCCCAUCAAGCCCUUGCCCUGCUGCAAGAAGGCCGUGUGCGAGGAGUGCCUCAAAGUCUACCUGAGCUCCCAGGUACAACUUGGCCAAGUGGAAAUCAAAUGCCCUAUCACAGAAUGUUUUGAAUUCUUGGAAGAAACAACGGUUAUCUAUAACUUAACUCAUGAAGACUCCAUCAAAUACAAGUACUUCUUGGAACUUGGCCGUAUUGAUUCCAGCACCAAACCAUGUCCUCAGUGCAAGCACUUUACAACCUUCAAGAAAAAAGGACAUAUUCCCACCCCUUCCAGAUCAGAAAGCAAAUACAAAAUCCAGUGCCCCACUUGCCAAUUCGUCUGGUGUUUUAAGUGCCACUCUCCUUGGCAUGAAGGUGUUAACUGCAAGGAGUACAAAAAAGGAGACAAAUUAUUGCGUCACUGGGCCAGCGAAAUUGAGCAUGGGCAGAGGAACGCCCAGAAGUGUCCGAAGUGCAAGAUCCACAUCCAGAGAACGGAAGGGUGUGACCAUAUGACCUGUUCACAAUGUAACACUAAUUUUUGUUAUCGAUGUGGGGAGAGAUACCGCCAGCUCCGUUUCUUUGGAGACCACACAUCAAACCUCAGUAUAUUUGGAUGCAAAUACCGCUACCUCCCAGAGAGACCUCAUCUAAGGAGACUAGUGCGAGGGUCAGUCUGUGCUGGAAAAUUAUUCAUUGCACCUCUAAUUCUGGUCUUGGGAUUAGCACUAGGGGCCAUAGCAGUUGUAAUCGGUUUAUUUGUAUUUCCUAUCUAUUGCCUUUGUAAAAAACAGAGAAAACGAUCACGGACAGGAAUGCACUGGUAAAUGCAGAUGAUUUCAUCUGACUACGCUGGUCCGGGUAGGAGCUACACAGAAUUAUACACCUGUCUGAGGGUCACUUCUUGAAAACUACCAAGAGGACCCUUUUGCCAUCUCUUCUCCUGUGUUCUGUGCAGGCCACAAUGCCUCUAGCUCCGGUGCAUUCCCGACAUGGUAUCCUGUCCUUUCCUUAUACAGAUUGCUGCUUUUACAAAAUGGUCACUUUCAUAGACUAUAAACAUCUAUAUCAUAACUCUGAUCUUCUUAAUGGUUCUUGGAAGAAAGUAUUUUAAUUAGAACCAGUUAUCCUCAGAACUGUCUGAGCAUGCAUCUCCUGAGCAUUGCUUGGACGGUCUUUGUACCUGAAUCUCCCUCCAUGCCCUCUUCUGAGACUUGGUGUGAAUAACUGAAGGUCCCACCUGUACCAACAAGCAAGGCCACUUUUCAGAAGAUGAAGGCUCACCAUAUGCACCAAUUUUCAUCCGUGACCCAAGCAGUAUAAUUCCUUCAUCCUUCAGAUGCUAUAAUUGUUAAAAAUCUCAAUGCCCAAAAGGGAACUAAUGAAACUAAACGAAUGAGAAGAAUCAUAGUUACUGAAGUGUAUAUGUGUAGGGGUGUGAAUGUGUGUGUAUAUACAUAUCUAUAUUAAAACUAGGUCCAAUACCUUGUACUUGUCAAGUUCCAUGCCUACACUAUUUUUCCACAUUUUCAUAGACAUAUUUAAAAAUGAUUGUUCCUUUGUGGGCAUAAUUUGGUAAUGUACUGAAUUAAAGUCAACGUACACAACAGGCUAUUUUGAUGUUGACCAUUUCUAUUUCUUUCUCUUUCUC